AUGGUUGAGGACGAUCGUAAAAUGGCGAAAGCCCCGCCUUUGGGGCCUCCUACACCAGCACCAAUUAUGGCUCCGUUGGCCACCUCUUGCUUUGCCUCGUUAGCCUCACCAAGAUUCACAGUCCAGAAGAGACGCGUUCUGAUGGCUUAUCCUAAAUGCGGCAAGGUUUUGAAGAUUAUUACUUUGAGAGUCAAGCAGGAGCCAGAGCAAAUCCAGAAACCACUAAAAGCUGCUAUCAAGUAUCUAGUACUUAUACCUACGCCUUCCAAUGGCUCAAGCGGUGUGAGUCGAAGCUCUGUAACGAGUAUCAAUACCAGCAGAAUACAAUCUUCAAAAAAAUAUCACCAAGGCGUUAUCAGGCGAGAUAUCGAACAAGAAGCAUUCGGCUACAGUUUUCAGGGCGCGAUUAUGAUCGAUGGAGAUCCCGAAGGUAUUAUUUCCAACUCUCCCAGCGGCAAGGACCUAAGAACCCGAGUUAAGCCACAAUUCUCAGACGACCUACUCUUUAGUUGCUCUCAAUACCCUGUCGAUGCAGGUUGGAGCAAAUGGAAACGAGGCAGCUGCGAGUAG